AGUCGCCAGUAUCCGCAUGCAGACGAAUCCACAAACGCGUGACGUCACCGACCAAAACAAAAACAAACAUGUCCGGACGAAGCGAAAUGCUCCAACUGUCCGAGCUCCUGAAUGACCCUCUCGCCGACCCUAUCAACAUUGCCACGGAAAUAACGGCGGCAACGACGGCAGCACUGUGUGUUGUGUCGGUCAUAAGCGGAGAGGGAAUUCCUCCGGUCAAGAAGAAGCGUGUGGAGGAAGAGAAGAGCACGACCUUCCAUUUACUCUCAGAUCCGGAGUUUGUGAAUCGCUUCCGGAUGAAGAGAAGCACUGUUAAUGAUUUAUGUCUUCUUCUGGCACCACACAUUGGUAAUAGAUAUUUGACAGAGAAGAAAAUUUUGGCUACAUUAUGGCUGUUGGGCAACCAGGAAUCAUUUCAAGAAGUGGCAGAGAGAUUUGAAAUUGGAGAAAGUGCAGUGCACACUUUCCUGAUGAACGUCUGUGGUGCAUUAACAUUAGUGAUGCGAGAAAUUAUCACCUGGCCACAAAAGCACCAACUGGAGCAGGUGGCAAAUGAUUUCAUGAAUAAGACAGGAUUCCCUGGAGUUGUGGGAGUAAUUGGUGGCACUCAAAUUGGCAUUCCAGUUCCAACAAAGUUUGUUGAUGAUUAUAAAAACAGGGACAAUAUUACAAGUAUGCAACUUCAAGCUGUGUGUGAUAGCAACUUACAGUUCAUGGACAUCACAACAGGGUGGCCAGGAUCAGUGCACAAUGCCCGUGUGUUUAGGAACAGCCCACUGCAAGCUUUGCUGCAAAAAGGAAAUUUGCCUUAUUUGUAUCACAUUAUUGGGGAUGAAACAUAUCCCUUAACUUCUUAUUUAAUUGUGCCUUAUGAAGAUAAGGAAGACCUUACAGAUGUGCAAAAGACAUUUAAUGCGUGUCAUGCAUUUACUCAGUGUACUAUAGAAAGGGCUUUUGAACUCCUGAAACAUAAAUUUCGACGACUAAAAUAUUUAGACAUGGAACUAGUGGAAAAGGUACCAGAAAUUAUUGCAGCUACAUGUGUUUUACACAAUUAUAUUUUAAAAGUGGAAGGCUAUGAUAGUUCAGUUGAUGUCAACCCCAAGAAUAGAAAUGCAUCAAGUCUGCAUUUCACAAAUAUUUAUGCCAAAGAGGUGCAACAAAAGAGAAAUGAACUAGCAAAGACAAUAGCACACUCAGGAAGUACUUUUGUAAAAUAAUUAGAUUAAAAAAAAAAAAAUAAAAAAAAAGUUUUGUGAAAUGACCAUACACAGUGGUCAGCCACCAAAGAGUUGAUUAGUAGACCAUAUGACAUUGUCUGAUUUCCCCUUUCCUCGAGUUUUAAGGACUUUUAUUUAUUUAUUUAUUUUAACAAAUGACAUCAGUAUUGAUGCUAUUAUUACUUUAAAUUAUUCAAUCAUAGGAUGAAUUCACCUUGACACUAACUUUCUGUAAAUUGUUUUCUCAAUGGAAUAGCAAUAACUGAUCCUCAUGGUUGUAAAACAGUGCAAAAAUUUAAAAAAACAGCUUGACACGUGUUUAUAAGGUGUUGCCAACAUCAGGCUUGUUCAAUCAGCUUCCAGUUGGUUUCAUGUAAGGGCUGAAGAUUAAAUUAAAAUGGCGAAUAUUAAAUAUGUCCCAUUGAAAGCUACUGGAAACUGAUAUGACUGAUUUGUCAUGUUUUGGUAAUAAAGGAUUACUGGUAUUAACAAAUGUAUUUCAUUUAUUGAAAAAUUGUGUCAACAUCUAUGGUCAUUAGCUAAAUAUUCAAAAUAUAGUGAUAUGGUGAGGCUUGGAUAAGGAAGAUUUUGGGUUUGUAAGUUGAUGUGUGGAUUCCCAGAAUGGAUAAUGGUCAAAACAAAUAAAUGUGCCAGACAAGGUCAUUAAGCACUUGUGGUGGGAAGGGCAAAAUGAGUUAACAAUUACGAGAAAAUGUGUUAGAUGUCAAAGGGUGUGGAGUGCUAUAGGUUGGUAUGGUAAUGAAGAGGGUAUAGAUAUAAGAGCAAACGGAGCACGAAAGCCGUUCAGGACUGACACAAGCCAGCCUUUCAUAAAUUCUGCAUGCCUCUAACACUUUAGGAUGUGGACAGAAGAAGGGAAUGAAGAAGAGAAGGAAAAGGAAAGGCAGAGAAGAGACCGUGCAAAAUUAAUUGAGGCAAGGGCCAAGGUCCAAGUGAUCCCGUAAGUUGUCUACAUCCUCCCCCCUGACAACAAAAAGCUAAAGAUUGGAGGGUUGGCAAAUGUAGUAACCUUGAUUUGGAAACAUUGUCACAGAAAAAUGCCUAAAGAUGAAGUACUCUUAAAUUUAAGUUUUCUGUGCAGUCAUGUGUGGCAUUGUUCUUUAAAUUAUUCUCAGAUUUAAGUAAUCUUUUUGUUGAAUUCCUUAUCAACUGUUGAAUGUUUAACUGUUGUUAACCAGAUUGUAAUGUUAAUUUAUUUUAUAACAGAGAGAGAGAGAGAGAGAGAGAGACAGA